AUGCACCAAGGAAUACCACCACUAAACUGUGAGUAUGACAACAACUAUGGAGAGUACCUUUAUGAACAUCUACCCUCAGUUGAGGAAUUUGGAGGCAACAUUGGAGAAGAUACAGUUUUAGAUUUCAUUGAUGGUGGUGGUAAUGUUUUAGUAGCUGCAGGUUCAAGUAUAGGUGACCCUAUAAGGGAAAUUGGAAGUAAUUGUGGUGUUGAAUUGAUGAGGAAAAGACUGCUUGCUGAGUAUAUGAAAUUGAAACAUACAUUGAUCGUAGCUGAUCCCUCGAACAUCAUAGAAUCUAAAACUAUUGUAGGAGAUAAGAAAUUAAAUCCGAUUUUAUUCAAGGGUGUUGGAAUGACUGCCGACCCAGAGAACCCCCUGGUAAUGGAUAUCUUACACGGUACUUCUUCCUCAUACUCCCACAAUCCUUCUGAUGACAUCGUCGACUAUCCACACGCUUUUGGUAAGAACACACAGUUCAUCACUGCCCUCCAGGCCCGUAACAAUGCUCGCGUUGUGUUCUCUGGUUCCUUAGAGUUUUUCAGCGAUGCUUACUUCCAGUCUGCCGUUCAAAAGGCCGUUGCAGGCUCUGAAAGAUUUGCUAAGUCUGGCAACCAAGACCUUGCAUAUGCUCUCUCUCAAUGGGUGUUCAAGGAGAAGGGCGUACUUCGUGUCACUGGUGUUAGCCAUCAUAUUGUCGGACAAAAGACACCCCCAGCUGCUUACACCAUUGAAGAUCAUGUGGAAUAAAGUAUACUAAUUGAACAGCUUGUGUCCGGACAGUGGAAACCAUUUGAUUCUAAUGAUGUACAACUGGAAUUUGUCCGUAUUGACCCAUUUGUCCGCACAUCACUUAAAAGCAAAAAUGGAAGAUUCUCUACUAAAUUUAAGCUUCCUGAUGUUUAUGGAGUGUUCCAGUUUAAGGUGGACUACAAUCAAAUUGGCUUCUCUCAUUUGUACAGUACUACACAGGUGUCCGUACGACCGUUUGAGCAUACUCAGUUUGAGCGCUUCAUUCCGUCAGCUGAUCCAUAUUACAGUAGUGCGUUUUCCAUGAUGGUUGGCCUCUUUCUAUUCAGUCUCGUGUUUUUACAUCAUAAAGAAGAACCAAAGGACAAGAAGGAGUAGAUAAAAUUUUCUUUUAAAAUCUCUUUUUAACUUCCUAGUCCUAUGAAAAAAUUUCUUUCCAUAGACACAUUUUGGUUGUUUUUUUCUUCUUUUUUUUUCACUUUCAUUCCUCAUAAUAUAAAAUGUAUUGCCUGUUAUAGUUAACAUUUUAAUGCUGGACACAUGUUUAAGUUUGUAAAAUUUGUUUUACCGUAAUUUUUAUUAGCGGAUUACAUCAAGGUGGUUACAAUUUUAUUUAGUAUUAUGACAUUCAUUAAGAUGGAAUUAACUAGCUGAAUAGAAACAUAAUUUAUUUUAAUUUGUAAAGCCUGUAAGAAAGUUUAUAAUUGGAACUUCACUAAUAAAGAUGCUGUACAGGGGGAAAACUGUUGAGAAGAUUUGUUGUUCUUAAUGUUAAGUUAAGAUCAUCUAGUUUACACAGUAACAUGAAGUCUGUGAUUAAUAUAACAUUGACAAUGAUGACCAUGAUGAUGAUCAUGAAUGAUGAUCAUAAUGAUGGUGAUCAUAAAUAAUCAUGAUCAUGGUUGUUAUCAAGAUCUGAUGAUCAUCAUCAAGACCCUGAUGUUUAUAAGUAUAAUUUUGAUGAUCAUUAUGAUGGUGAUGAUGAUAAUGGUUGGACAUAAACCAGCCGAGUCAUGCUCUGUCACAAAAUUCCUGAUUGAAAGUGAUUUUGGAUGAAAUACACAUUUUGCUAAAACGUGCGUGAUCGUAAAUUUGUUACGCAUUUAGCAGAAGUUUAUGCGUGAUAACAAAUUCAGGGGAAAAUGUAUUAAAAAUUAAAAUAAAAUUGGUUUUAUUAAAAAUAUAAUAACGGUCAUGCAGUAA